UAUUCAUUCUCAUCCUCCCAUUUCCUUUCGGCUGGCCUGGCUGACCCCAAGUUCACACCCUUGGAGCGUCAUCCUGGGGUCACAAAAAGAGGAACCACAAAUUCUGUGUGAUGUAAGUGAUGGCAGAAAAGGGUGGAGCAGGAUGGUUACAUGUCGGCCUCUCCCUUGGGGCCUGUUGCAAGCUCAGAUUAGAACACAGGAAGAGCAGAGCUCCGCCGGAUCUGUUUAAGAGCCAGCAUUCAAUUUACCACCAAAACAGCUAGAUGCUUCCUGAAAGAGGAUAAGCAAGGAUGAAGCCACCAGCAGCCAUCUCUCUCACUGUUUGUCUUCUACAUCUGGCAUUUACAGCCUUCUUUCCUAAUUCUACACAGUCGCGGCUCUAUAAAAGAUGCACUACUACCGGUAUUCCACUGCUGAAAUCAGCUGUUGGUACAAAUACCUACUCUUCAGCUACAACAUUCUCUUUUGGUUAGCUGGAGUUGCCUUUCUUGGAGCUGGUCUUUGGGCGUGGAGUGAGAAGGGUGUCUUGUCGGACUUGUCUAAAAUGACCCGUCUCCAUGGCUUUGACCCUGUGGUCCUUAUCUUAUUUGUUGGAGGGAUAAUGUUCAUUCUGGGAUUUGCAGGCUGUGUCGGAGCCCUGCGAGAGAACAUCUGCCUCCUGAAAUUUUUCUGUGGGACAAUUGUGCUAAUUUUUCUCAUGGAGUUAGCAGUAGUUGUGCUGGCUUUCUUGUUCCAAGACUGGGUGAGAGACCGAGUGGAGACAUUCUUCAAGAACAACAUUAAAUCUUACCGGGAUGACAUUGACCUGCAGAACCUCAUAGAUUCAUUGCAGAAAAUCAAUCAGUGCUGUGGUGCCCAGGGUCCAAAUGACUGGGACCUUAACGUCUAUUUCAACUGCAGUAGCACAAGCAAAAGUCGUGAGAGAUGUGGGGUCCCUUUUUCCUGCUGUAUCCCAGAUCCAGCUCAAAAUGUUGUGAACACACAAUGUGGCUAUGAUGUCAGAAAUUUGACUGUAUCCUUAUGGGAAGAAAGAAUAUUCACCAAAGGCUGCAUUCCUGCUCUAGAAGCCUGGUUGCCCCGGAAUAUUUACAUUGUGGCAGGAGUCUUCGUAUCAAUUUCAUUAUUGCAGAUAUUUGGAAUUUUCCUGGCCAGGACACUGAUAUCUGAUAUUGAAGCUGUGAAGGCUGGCUUCCGUUUCUGAAGAUAAAACUAGAGAUCAUCUGUAAAGGCAGAAGGAUUCUCCUGACUCUUACUAUCAAAGCAAAGAGAAUGGAAAUGAAACCUGAGACCUAAGAAAGGCUUGAUUACAUCGACAGCUGAAAGCCAUAAUACUACUUUAACUAUAUAUAAAUAUAUAUAUAUAGCCAGAAACUGUCUUAUUUACCUAGAAGCUAAAGCUGAGAAAUCCUCCUCAUCUUCUCACAAUGCAUAAUUGUGAAUUGUUUUAAAACUCUUAAUUCCUUGGACGGAAGGGUUUAUUAUCUUCAGCCUUCUUUCUACACAGAAUGUGAAGACUCCAGUGGGCAGCAGCGGAUGCCAGUUGAACCCAAGUGCUGUCCAAGGACUGUUGUUUUGAUCCUCCUUUAAAAGUAGCUUUAGUUUAGAGAGUGUUGCAUUACAGAUGUUGAAGAAAGAAAGACGCAGAAUGCAAAAUGAUUACUCCAGGGAUGAGGUGGUGUGGCAUGAAUGUAAGGAAGAUACAUGAAACGCCUUUGGUAUUGAACACAUGUUCAGGGAAUACUGUGCCUGUUGACAAAUUGACACAUACACUGUUUUGAGCUAACUAAAUGGGAGCCAUAUUUGUAUAAAUGGGGGAUUUCCAAAGUUGUUUAAUGUCUUAGAGGUGAACUUUAUCAAAAGAAGUUCCUCUUAUUUGGAUCAGAUCUGAUGUAUCCCUUUCAGAUGCUGGGGAUCUGAGAAAAACCUCGGACAUACUUUAGAAGAACUUCUUUCGUACUGAAAUAUCCUUGUCUACUUGGAUUUAUGAAGAAAUAAUUAUCUUUAUGUCCCAUAGCGUUGGACCACAGACCUGUUUGGAAUGGUCAAGAUGGAAUGCUUAUGUCUUUCCUUUUAGACUUUAUGUCUGAUGACAUUAUUUAUAGGUGUUUGGACCAAAAAAAACCCCUGUCUACUUACAAUUUUGCUAAAACUGUUUUACAUAGUACUCAUUUCUAAAACCAUUUAUCCGAUGGACUGAAAAGUUGUUUAUUUCGCUGACUACGAAGAAGCAUAUCUGUUUUCCCA